UCUCUCUCUCUCUCUCUCUCUCUCUAAAGAAGUUACGAAGAAGGAAAGGAAAAGGGGAGAGGGGACGACGACUAGCCUUCGAAAUUACGAAAGCUUUUCGUCAACCCUAUCCCUCUCUCUGUCCUCUUCCUCUUUAACCCUCAUUAAUAUACCAUACGUAUACGCCUACAUAAUCCAGAUCCAGAUUAUAAUAAUAACAAUCCCAAUUGCUUUCACAUAAGAUAAAUCCUUCAUUCUUGUCGGGUUUAGAUCUAGAUCCCUUUCUCCAAAAGCCUUGCUUGUUGCGCCUAUUCAAGUUUUACGUACGAUUCACGUAUCCAGUUCCGGUACGAAUUCAAGGAUCUGAGCAGCCAUGUCGUACGCCUACCUCUUCAAGUACAUCAUCAUAGGAGACACCGGAGUUGGAAAAUCAUGUCUUCUUCUCCAGUUUACGGACAAGAGGUUUCAACCAGUUCAUGACCUAACCAUUGGUGUUGAAUUUGGGGCCAGAAUGGUCACAAUCGAUAGCAAGCCAAUAAAGCUACAGAUCUGGGACACGGCGGGUCAAGAAUCAUUCAGAUCUAUUACAAGAUCAUACUACAGAGGGGCAGCUGGAGCACUGCUUGUUUAUGACAUCACUAGGAGGGAAACUUUCAAUCACCUUGCGAGCUGGUUGGAAGAUGCAAGGCAGCAUGCCAAUGCAAACAUGACUAUCAUGCUCAUUGGAAACAAGUGUGAUCUUGCUCAUAGAAGGGCUGUAAGCACGGAGGAAGGCGAGCAGUUCGCGAAGGAAAAUGGCUUGAUCUUCAUGGAGGCUUCGGCAAAAACUGCUCAGAAUGUUGAGGAGGCAUUUAUAAGCACAGCCUCGACAAUCUAUAAGAAGAUUCAGGAUGGAGUGUUUGAUGUAUCAAACGAGUCUUAUGGAAUAAAAGUCGGAUACGGUGGCAUUCCAGGGCCAUCAGGAGGUAGAGAUGCUUCUGCUUCUCAAGGAGGAGGCUGCUGCGGUUGAAAAUCAAGCUUCUCAGAAAUGACUCACAUUCCUUUGUUUGUUCACUUGUGCCUUUAUAGGAUUUGAUGUUGUUUUACCCGUGGAACGUGUCACCUGUCUAUUAAUGCUAUCUCUAAUUUGUGAAAAAUAUCGACAAUAAUAACCUGAAUUCUAGUAAAUAUCGGAUGUGUUUAUACCUGGAUUUUUUUUCCAA